AUUGUGAGUGCAAAAUAUCUGGGCUAAGACACAGCACAACACGCAAACCAAAUCGUAUCUAACGAGAACCAACCACGGUAAAACAAAAAACAUAAACACAAACACCGUACGUGGCCGAGGCAUGGGUUUGGGAACCACCACUGUUCCUACGAACAUUCUUCCUCAAUUCGGGUUGCUCCGAACCCAUUUAAACCCUAUUCGGGUCAACAAUUCUUCCGGGUUCAGCUACCCUCUCUCUCGAAGGAAGAAUAAGAGUUUUGAUAAACUCGUUUGCUUCGCCGUUGAUGACGAAAUCAGAGAGAAGCAACAACAACAGUUGAGUUCUAGUUCGAAUAGACUUGGCUCCGCCAUUGAAGAAAGACCAGAUACGCUUGAUGGUAUAAGUGAAGAUGCAUUGGAAAAUUUUAAGGAUGAUGGGGAAAGAAGUGCUAUCUAUGAUUUUCUUUAUCCUAGUAAAGAGCUUCUACCCGAUGAUAAAGAGAUGAGCAUAUUCGAUCACCUUGAAGAGCUACGAGAGAGAAUCUUUAUUUCAGUUCUUGGAGUCGGAGGAAGCAUUUUGGGAUGCUUUGCGUUUUCAAAAGAUUUGGUAAAGAUUCUCGAAGCUCCUGUUAAAUCAGAGGGUGUCCGAUUUCUUCAGCUAGCUCCCGGUGAAUUUUUCUUCACCACUUUAAAGGUGUCGGGAUAUUGUGGCCUCCUCUUGGGAAGUCCCAUCAUUCUCUACGAAAUCAUAGCCUUUAUAAUUCCGGGACUAACGAAAGAAGAAAGAAAGUUUCUAGGACCGAUUGUUUUAGGCUCAUCAGUUCUUUUCUAUGCCGGAAUAACCUUCUCCUACUUAGUUCUAGUACCUGCGGCAUUAAAUUUCUUUGUCAAUUACGCUGAAGGUGCUGUUGAAUCACUGUGGUCCAUCGAUCAAUACUUUGAGUUUGUUCUGGUUCUUAUGUUCAGUACAGGGUUGUCUUUCCAGGUGCCUAUUAUACAACUUCUAUUGGGACAACUUGGAUUGGUAUCUGGAGACAAGAUGCUAUCGGUUUGGAGGUAUGUUGUAGUCGGCGCAGUUGUGGCAGCUGCUAUAGUUACGCCAUCCACAGAUCCUCUCACCCAAGUUCUUCUUGCGGCGCCGUUAUUAGGCCUCUACCUGGGUGGUGCAUGGAUGGUCAAACUCGCUGGACGAUAACUGUGCCACCACAUAUUUCCAAAAGAAAAGCAGUUUAAGCAGAUGUUAAUGUACAUUCACACAGGAGUCUAGUGUAUAUUUUUACUCCUACCAGAGAAUUACACUUCCUGUAUUCUAGCAAUUGAUUAAAACAUAUACUUCUGUAACUAGUUAUUCGUAAAUUCCAUGAGGCUUUGGCAUGGUUGCAGAUA